UUCACAGUAGACACCAGACCCAGACCAUUUUGAUGCCAACUUUUGCCAGACUUAUGAAAUCCCUGUUUUGUCAAGUACUUUCUAUACUAUGUACUUUUGUAUACAUGACAUAGUAUAAAUAGUAAAAAAUUAGUGAUGAAAAGACCACCGCUGAUAAUUUAUUUAUCGGAAAUUUAAAAAGUUGGAGUGAGUUAAUUUGCGGAAUGAUGACGUGAUUAUUAUUUGAAUUAAAUUAUUUAUCGUGUGAAUUCUCCCUCACACUUUGAAGGAAAUAUAUGUGUAUGUAUGGCAGACUAUAUUUAUAAAUGUAUGUGUGCAUAGAUAUAUGUAGGAGUAGUCCCCUCUCUAGGUGCGGGUAAUGCACGAUACAAAAUAAUCGACGUCAAAAGCUGUCAAAUAUGGCCGGAGUCGUGGUGUGGAGAUUUAAUUGACAUGUUUUAACGUAACAAUACUACUAUUUAAAUAAAAUAUUAUUACGUUAAAUAUAUGAAGAUGGUAGUAAUGAUGUACUGUAAGGUAUAAUAUAUUUUUAGUGUCAUGAUAAAUUGAUAUUUGGUAUUACGUAGUGAUAAAUGUGCUUUGUCAAGAUAUAGGCAGUGUGGUUUUUUUUCAUAAAAAACGUUUAAUCUAAAUGAUAAUAAUGCUCGGAGGAACUUGAUAAAAUAUCUGGGUGCCGGAAGCUUUACGUGCCGGAAUAAUUGUCGCUAAAUAGUGGAUAUAAAUAAAUAUAUUGUAACAAGUAUCCGAGGGGAAUUGUAAGUGUUGGGGCAUGCUAAUUGUCAAACUAUGGGUGCUCAACAAACCAAGGACAGAGUCAUACCCGCCGGCUCGACAGUAAGACAAACGAGAAAACAACCGAGAAAUCCAAAAGAAUCCCGGCUUAUUGGCUCGAAUAUCUUCACAGAGCACAGUGAAGCUCUUUUACAAAGUAGACCAUUGCCACAUAUCCCAGCAUUGCCUGAAGGUGAUCCACCCACGGGUUCGAGUGUUCAAUCACUGUCACAGCAGUCUAAUUUUUCUGCACACUCCAAUGUCACGGGUGGAAGUUUACUCGAGGCUAACAGAUGGACCAGUAAGGAAAACCUUUUAGCACAGGAGGAAGAUGAUCCCCAGUUGUUUGUUGCUCUUUAUGAUUUUCAAGCCGGUGGUGAAAAUCAGCUUAGUUUAAAAAAAGGUGAACAAGUACGAAUAUUAAGUUAUAAUAAGAGCGGUGAAUGGUGUGAAGCACACUCAAGUACCGGUCAAGUAGGAUGGGUACCAUCGAAUUAUGUAACACCAGUAAAUUCUUUAGAAAAACAUUCCUGGUACCAUGGGAGAAUAGCAAGAAACGCCGCUGAGUAUCUGCUGAGCUCGGGUAUCAAUGGAAGUUUUCUUGUACGUGAGUCUGAAAGCAGCCCCGGACAACGAAGCAUUUCAUUAAGAUACGAGGGACGUGUUUAUCAUUACAGAAUCAAUGAAGACAGUGAUGGAAAGAUGUUCGUUACGACUGAAAGCAAAUUUAACACGCUAGCGGAAUUGGUGCAUCAUCACUCGAUGCUGGCUGACGGGUUGAUAACGCAGCUACUUUAUCCAGCGCCUAAACACAAUAAACCAACGGUAUUUCCACUCAGUCCCGAGCCGGAUGAGUGGGAGAUAAAUCGCACGGACAUUGUGAUGAGGCAUAAACUUGGGGGUGGACAGUAUGGUGAUGUUUAUGAAGCUGUUUGGAAGCGUUACAAUAUGACUGUUGCUGUUAAAACACUAAAAGAAGACACAAUGGCCUUGAAAGAUUUUUUGGAAGAAGCGGCAAUAAUGAAAGAAAUGAAACACCGGAAUCUCGUUCAAUUACUUGGUGUCUGUACACGCGAGCCGCCUUUUUAUAUUAUCACUGAAUUUAUGAGUAAAGGAAAUUUACUUGAUUAUUUACGUAAUGAAAGUAAACAUCAAAUAAAUGCGGUGGUACUGAUGCACAUGGCAACACAGAUAGCCAGUGGUAUGAGUUAUCUCGAGAGCCGUAAUUUUAUUCACCGAGACUUAGCUGCGCGUAAUUGUCUCGUCGGUGAAAAUCAUCUUGUCAAGGUCGCUGAUUUUGGUCUUGCGAGAUUAAUGCGCGACGACACGUACACUGCUCACGCUGGUGCUAAAUUUCCAAUAAAGUGGACUGCGCCCGAAGGACUGGCCUAUAACAAGUUCUCAACUAAGUCAGAUGUGUGGGCGUUUGGUAUUUUGCUGUGGGAAAUAGCCACCUACGGAAUGUCUCCGUAUCCUGGCGUUGACUUGACGGACGUCUAUCACAUGUUAGAGAAAGGAUACAGGAUGGAAUGCCCUCCAGGUUGUCCGCCUAAGGUUUACGAUUUGAUGAGACAGUGCUGGCAGUGGUCGGCUAUCGAACGUCCAACGUUCAAAGAGAUUCAUCAUUCGUUGGAGAACAUGUUUCAAGAAUCCAGUAUUACAGAGGAGGUAGAAAAACAGCUACAAGGUGGUUGCGAUACUCCAAUGUUUUCUUAUAAUCACAAGAAAUCACAAACAGGAAGUACGGGAAAUAUUCAUGGUCUUGUUUUAGUAUCAGAGCAAUUAUCUAACUCAGGUUUAACGCAAGAUGCUGCUAGUAAUGUCACUAAACUUAGCACUUUUAUGGGUGGUCUUACCAACAAAGCUAACAGCAACAUGGUGCAGAUGCGUCGCUCUACAAAUAAAAGAGGAAAACAAGCUCCUGCCCCGCCCAAAAGAACCAGCUUAUUGUCGUCAUGCAGUUCGUUUCGUGACUCUGCGUACCAGGAACAAGAUCAGCAUAAUAUCGAUUCCGUAGGGGCUUCGACUCUCGAUGACGGAACCGAUCUAAAUGGUAUUAAUAAUAUUUCUAAAGGUAUCACGCGAGAUCUCGUGACAAUGGCGACACAAUCAAUACCGUCAGGAGGCUGUGACUUGGAGGAUGAUGGUGACGGAUCCCAGGGGACGGAGUCAAAUUUUACCCCACAGCCAUCGGCUUCACCCGAACCAAUACUCAACAUACAGUCCAAUCAGAAACAAAUUAAAACGAGACAGUACUCGUCUAAGGAAGUACUACCACAGAAGCUAGUCCACGUGGGUGCCCUGGAAGUACAAAAUGUUAAACGUGCUAUAAAUCGAUACGGUACUCUACCAAAAGGAGCAAGAAUAGGCGCUUAUCUGGAGUCACUUCGUCAAAGUGGUAUGCCGUCUGCUCAAGAAUCACCCUCGUCUAUUGACCUGCAUCAGCAGCAGCAUCAACAUCAGCAACAUGAAGCAAUAAAUAUUAUCGAAACGUCACAACAUCGAUCGCUCUCGCCACGUCAAAAUAACCUGCGAAAUCAGCCUCAAAUGACUCGCAGUAAUUCGUCCAGUGGUGUUGUUAAUACUUAUCAGCCGCCAAAUUCACCCCGUAGUCGUAUGUCAAGUCGUAAUAAAAAUAAUAAUGAUAAUAUUGGCCUCAGGACAUUUCGUAAUCCCAAUACGUCAACGUUCCGCACGGCAAGUCCAUCAAGAUCAGUACAGCCUACUCUUGCUGAUUUAGAAUUUCCGCCACCGCCUCUUGAUCUUCCACCGCCACCAUGUGAUCCUACUAUUGAUCCACCAGAUUUCUCGACGUUCAGCACACCAGCUGAUAUUUCGUAUAGUAAACCUUCUGGUUCUCCUGUUUGUAUGAGGAAAUCUAAAAUAGAUCGCAGGUCUAAGGAGGAAAUAGUUGAGGAGGAUGACAAAAACAAUGACGUGAGAACUGUUGAACCUUCGGUGAAAGAAGCUAGUUCUAGAUUUGGCGUUAAUUUAAGACGUCGAGAGACAACUUCAGUUACUGGAGCUGGAACUGGUACUGGAGUAACAAGUGAUAGCAAUAAAACGUCUGAUGAAAAGAAAAAUAUAUUUCGUGGAAAAGAAUGUACGGGAAAAAAUGAUAACGUAAGUGGUUGUGGUAUACUUUCACCGCCGACAGAAGCACCGCCGCCGCCACCACCUCUACCACCACCCACGAGUAAUGACACAGAUGACGGAUUUAAUUUGAAACCCGGUAUGAAAGAAAUGCUUGAGCUAAAGUUGAUAAAUGAAAUUAAACAGAGCGCUGAUUUGAAACAAAGUGGAACUUUACGUAAAUCAAAUGUAUUUAGUAAUAUUGUAUCACAUCAUUUAGAUCCGGCCUCCCAAUUACUCUCUGAGCUGUGUGCUAAUUUUAAUAUUGAUCAGUCAAAUAAAUCGCCUAUACAAGGAGAGUAUGCUUCAUUGAAUUGUUUAAAAGAAGAUUUAUUUCAUGAUCAAUCGACUAAUAAUCAGCAGAUUAAUGCUGAAAAAUCUGUAAGCCAUAAUAAAGAUACUAAAGUAUCAUCCCCAGUAACUGCGGACACUUUAAAUUCCGGAAGUGUUGGGUUUAAGUUAAAAAAAGUUGAUAAAAAAAGUACUUCGCAGAAAGAAGAUACUAUUGAUAGCCAGAUAAUUGAUUUCAAAGCAAGACUGAGAAAAGUUGAGAAAGACAAUAUCGAUAAGCAAGAGGAGAAGAGUAAAAAGAAUGAUGACACUGGUGCUGACAUGUCUGAGCCCGAUGAUGCUGAUGAUAAACGUAAAAGUACUGGCAGUAUCAGCAGCUUGAAACGUUUGUGGGAAAAUAAAGAAUCUUCAUGGGAAAAUCAGCCGCUGAGUCCAAAAUUAAGUACACGCGGUAUUAAUAAACAAGACGGCGGUGAUCCUGGUGAAGAGAGUCCUGAAGAUCACAGUGGUGCUUCAACAAGGAGUUCUAUCACCAGUAAAAGCGAUAGUAGAAUAAGUCAUCCUGCUAAUUCAACAACUUCCGGUGGUAGUGGAAGUGGUGACAAUGACAAACCCUUGGUACCAGCAAAACCAUCUGCCGCAAAAGCUCUUGGUACUUCGGGUAAAUACUUUGGGUCAUCAAUUUACGCGACGCCAAACUGUGACAAGCACGAUGAUGAUAAUAUAGGCGGUGGUGGUGGUAAACAGCAAGAAACUAAAGGAGCUAAACAUGACGUAUUAGAAUUAUCAAAUGCCAUUGAAGGUAGUAUAACUAAUUUAAAAGGUACACCAGUAAUUGUAAUGGCCAGUUGGCUUCAAUUGUCUGACAAAGUUGGUCUUCUCCAUGGUUUACUUCAAGAAGUUAAUUCUGCUGAAGUUGCCGGUGCACCAUCACAUGCAAGAUUUCAAUUUAGAGAUUUAUUGUCACGUCUUGAAUUACAAGCACGGCAAUUGAGAGCCGCUGGCACUCGUAAUAUCACAGAGAACACAAGACUACUUAGUGAUGUUCAUAACACGAUUAAAGACGUUACGAAUAUGAUUCAGAGAUAAAGGUCAACGUACGUCAGUCACCUCAUCACGAAUUAAUUAAAUCAAAAAAUUAGACGAAAAAAAAAAAAAGAAGAAGAAAUGGGAGUGGGAAAAAAUGAUGAGUUUCGUCUGUAAUCGUGUUUAUGACAAAAAAAAAUUGAAAAGUAAUAUUCAUAAUUACUCAAGGCCGUACCGUAUACAUAUGAAUAUUAAUUAUAGUUAUAAAUAUUAUAUAUACAUAUAUAUAUAAAUAUUAUUAAUUAUUGUAACUAUUAAUACAUCUAAGUCAUUAGUAGACGACCGAAAGGACAGUAUUCACUUUCGUAUGAUACCAGAAGUAAAUUAAUGAUAUAAAAGGGUCAAUGUCGUCUUAUGUCAUGAGGUCAUUCAUUAAUAUACAUAUACAUAAAUAUAAAUAUAAAUAUAUAUAUAAAUAUAUAAAUAUAAAUAAAUAUAUAGCUAUUGCUAUUAUAGAGUGAAGAAAUUUUACACUUACAAUAAGAAUAAUAAUAAUAAUACGAUUUUGCAUUUGCAAUUUAAGGAUGAUGGUAACUUAUGGAAUUUAUGUGUCUGCUCAGUAUGAAUUUUUACAUAAAUAAAUAAUAACUUUCUAUUAGUUUAUAAAUCAGCGUGUAGUCGCAAUCAAAAUAAGCUGAGAUUAUUUUUUAACUUUUUGCCGGUAAAUACCCAAAUUUAAAUAAUUAAAUAGAUAUAAAGAAAAAUCAUUUAUUCCGAUAGAUAUUUAUGAAUAUCAUGCCAUUAAUCAUGUAUUGAUUUUUCAUCAUUUAUCAUUAUUAUAAUGAAAAAAAAAAAAAAAAAAAUAAAAGGCUUAGUAUAUCGUAACGCGGUAGCUUAGAAGUAUCUACUAAUUAAAAAAUAUAAUUAAAUGCAAACAUCAACAAAAUUAAAAAAAAAAGUAUAAACGGUAACUUUUAAAAUGUACUGAGGGACAAUAUAAACAAUUUUGUAUUUGUAUAAAAAGUAAUAAUUAUCAUGGUAAAAAAUGGAUUAUCAGCCAUUACGCGCCUACAUUUAUUAUCAUAAAUUAUAAAUAAAUAAUUAAACGGGAUAAUUAGUUAAUAAAAAUCAAAUUAAUUUAGUAUUACAGUAAUUAACUUUGUUUUACAAAGAAAAUAACAGUCGACAAAUGCUCUUCCUCAGCGAAAAAAAAAAUAACUUUUUUUCUAUCUUAAAUAUUUAUAAAUAUUUGUACAUUGUUUAUAUUAUUAUUAUUACUAUUAUUGAUAUUUAAUUUUAAUUAUCUUUAUAAUUAUGCUUUUUUUUCUGUAAUCAUUUAAUUUUAAGCAAAAAAAAAAAAAAAAAUGGAACUACGAUGACUGAAUAUUGGGUGACACAUGAAAUACUAACUCGUGACACUGCCGGUAUUUCAUAUUUAUUAAUGAGUGUGAAUUUAGCAGACAGACA